AUGAAUCUCCUCGACCCUUACCUGAAGAUGACAGAGGAACAGGAGAAGUGUCACUCCGAUGCGCCCAGCCCGUGUAUGUCUGAGGACUCUGCAGGAUCCCCGUGUCCGUCCCACUCCGGCUCUGACACCGAGAACACGCGCCCCGUGGACAACCACCUCCUCAUGUCCGCGCUCGACUACAAGAAGGAGACGGACGAGGAGAAGUUCCCGGUGUGCAUCCGGGACGCAGUGUCUCAGGUGCUCAAAGGAUACGACUGGACCCUGGUGCCAAUGCCUGUGCGCGUCAACGGAUCCAGCAAAAACAAGCCGCACGUCAAGAGACCCAUGAACGCCUUCAUGGUGUGGGCGCAGGCGGCGCGCAGGAAACUGGCGGACCAGUACCCGCAUCUCCACAACGCAGAGCUCAGCAAGACCCUGGGCAAACUCUGGAGAUUGCUUAACGAGUCUGAGAAGCGGCCGUUUGUAGAAGAAGCAGAGCGAUUGAGGGUGCAGCAUAAGAAGGACCACCCUGAUUACAAGUAUCAGCCGAGGCGGAGAAAGUCCGUGAAGAACGGUCAGAGUGAUGCUGAAGAUGGGGAGCAGACACACAUCUCACCCAACGCUAUUUUCAAAGCGCUGCAGCAGGCGGAUUCCCCUGCGUCCAGCAUGGGAGACGUGCAUUCCCCUGGUGAACACUCUGGUCAGUCCCAGGGUCCACCUACUCCACCCACAACCCCUAAAACUGAUCUUCCAUCGAACAAAGCUGACCUGAAGCGUGAGGGCCGACCUGCACAGGAGGGCACUAGUCGCCAGCUCAACAUUGACUUUGGUGCUGUGGACAUUGGAGAGCUGAGCAGUGAAGUCAUCUCAAACAUGGGAAGUUUUGACGUGGAUGAGUUUGACCAGUACCUUCCACCACACAGCCACGCAGGCGCUGCUCAGGCCGCGUACACCGGCAGCUAUGGCAUGAGCAGUGCCGCUGUGGCCCAGAACAGUGCCUGGAUGAACAAACAGCAGCAGCACACACUGACCAACUUAAGUGGAGAGCAGCAACAGAGGACCACCCAGAUCAAGACAGAGCAGCUCAGUCCCAGCCACUACAGCGACCAGCAGGGCUCUCCUCAGCAUGUGACCUACGGCUCCUUCAACCUGCAGCACUACAGUAGCUCCUACCCCUCCAUCACUAGAGCACAGUACGAUUAUUCAGAGCAGGGCACUAACUCCUACUACAGCCAUGCCGCUGGCCAGGGCUCUGCUCUCUACUCUACGUUCAGCUACAUGAGCCCCAGUCAGAGGCCCAUGUACACCCCCAUCGCCGACAGUGCUGGGGUGCCCUCUGUCCCACAGAACCACAGUCCACAGCACUGGGAGCAGCCCAUCUACACACAGCUCUCCAGGCCCUGA